AUGAGAUCAUUAAAGACAACAGCAAUCAAACUUUCGUACAUUUCUUCUAAGAGAUCAUAUUGUCAUCAAUUCAUCAAUCCAAACUUUGAUCCCAAAGCAACUAAGUCUGGUGGCGGUAAUAAUACCAAUGAUCUCUUGACUAAUCUGGGCUACAUCUAUCAAUUACCAACAGCAGGAUUAUUGCACUACCUACCAUUGGGCUUAAGAACUGUGAAAAAAAUUGGAGACAUCAUCAGGAAAAACUUAAACAAUAGUAUUGAUGCAAACGAGUUCCCCGUAAAUGAGGUUUCCUUAUCCUCAAUUUCACCAACAUCGUUAUGGGUCAAAACAGGAAGAUAUCCCAAUGAUGAAGUUUUUACACUAAACAAAAACGGUGACAAAAAUGCCAAAUUUUUAUUGGUCCCCACUUGCGAAGAAGAGAUAACAGCCAUGAUGAAACCAUACCUUAAAUCAUAUAAAAAUUUACCACAAAUAGUAUAUCAAAUUUCGAGAAAAUACAGGUACGAAAAAAGACCAAGAGGAGGUAUUUUAAGGGGUAGAGAGUUUCUUAUGAAAGACGCUUAUUCAUUUCACGUUAACGAAAGGGAUGCUUUGAAAUGUUUUGAUAUGAUGAAAAGUAAAUAUGAUUUAAUUUUUCAGGCAUUUAAAAUCCCCUAUGUUAGCGCAUGGGCUGAUUCUGGUGAAAUUGGUGGGGAUAGAAGCAUGGAAUACCAUUAUCUUCACGAAAUUGGAGAAGAUAAGUUAAUGAUUUGUGAUGAGUGUGGCAUUGCUUCAAAUAUUGAAAAAUGUCAGAGCACGCCUGUUGGUAAGGGACAAUUCAAGGAUCCCGUGGAGGUUACUUGGUGUUUAAAUAAGGAAGGCGAUACGCUAAUAGGGAUAUACUACCCUGGUACUCAUGAAUUAGAUCCACGUAGAGUUGUUGAAGCUUAUGGUGGUGAAGAUUUGGAUUUAGAUACCAUUAAUAUGCCUAAUGAGAAAGUUUUGUUGAAAUAUCAAAGAGAAAAUGAAGAUAUAAUGUUAGCCUCUAUGGUUAGGUUAAUGGAUUGUAGAUUACACCCUAGAAGUAAUUUGCCCGAUUUCCCACUAUCUAAAUACUCUAAAUUUCAAUUUGUUACGAUUGACGAAGUUGAUUUAUGUUUUAGCAAGGUGGGUGAUAUAUGUGAGCACUGUGGUACAGGACAUUUAAGAAUGGAAAAGUCUAUUGAAGUUGGGCAUAUAUUUUAUUUAGGCGACAAAUACUCAAAACCACUAGACUUGAAGUAUGUUUCUAAAGAUAAUGCACAGGAAGUGGUUAAAAUGGGCUGUUAUGGUAUUGGAUUGAGUAGAGUGCUUGGAUCAAUUGCAGAAUUAACUAAAGAUGAUAUUGGUUUGAGAUGGCCGAGUACGAUUGCUCCAUAUACUGUUUCCUUUGUAACACCGCCUAAUAUUCACGAUGAUACUAGUUUAUUAAGAGAGAUUGAACAUUUAAAAAAUAAUAAUAGUACUAACACCAGUGAUGAUUGGUUAUUUGAUUUAAGAAAAGAUAUUAGUUUAGGUAAGAAAAUUAAUACUAGCCAUGCUGCCGGUAUUCCAAUCUGUUGUAUUAUUGGUAGGAAAUCAUGGCCAUAUAUUGAAUUAGAAAUACGUGGUAAAAGAUAUAGUAACACCUGGGAAAAAGCUUAUGAGAUGGAAGGUAAUGGCUCAAAAUUCGAUUGGGUAUCGAAAGGGGAAAAGGCCUCUACUAAUUCAAAAAAUCGUACAUUUGAAAAACAUCUAGUUCAUAAAGAUGAUUUGAAUUCUGUUCUAGCUAUACUACUGAAAGACUUGUAA